AGCUAAAGGUGGCCAUUCUCUAUGAGACCACGUGGCCAGAAGCUUGCGGCGAAAUGUUGCUCAAGUCGUUUUUGCAAGGGCCCAGAGUUUAGGAGAUCGGCAUUUUUAUACCCACUUUGCAGACGGGCGGUGAACGCUUUCCACCCAGCAGCAGUGUCCUGUCAAGAGUCAGGAACCCGCGAAGCGUUCCGGUGCCGGCGGCGUCUUCCGGGAGCCGUAGCCUCAGGUCCCGCCCUUCGGCCCGCGCUGUCUUCACUGCGCAUGUCAGACCCGUUAUUGGCACCAUGAAUUGGAAUAAAGGUGGCCCAGGCACCAAGCGGGGAUUUGGCUUUGGAGGUUUUGCCAUCAGUGCUGGAAAGAAGGAGGAACCCAAACUUCCACAACAGUCCCACAGUGCCUUUGGGGCAACCAGCUCUUCUUCUGGGUUCGGAAAGUCAGCUCCACCACAGCUCCCUUCUUUCUACAAAAUUGGAUCAAAACGGGCCAACUUUGAUGAAGAAAAUGCAUAUUUUGAAGAUGAGGAAGAAGACUCUAGCAAUGUUGAUUUACCUUUUUUUGUGAAACCCCCCCGGCCCCGCCAGCAAUUCCAUUCCAAGCCUGCAGACUCUGACAGUGAUGAUGAUCCCUUGGAGGCAUUCAUGGCUGAAGUGGAGGAUCAGGCUGCUAGAGACAUGAAGAGGCUUGAAGAAAAGGACAAGGAACGAAAAAACGUAAAGGGUAUUCGAGAUGACAUUGAAGAGGAAGAUGACCAAGAAGCUUAUUUUCGAUACAUGGCAGAAAACCCAACUGCUGGUGUGGUUCAGGAGGAAGAAGAAGACAAUUUGGAAUAUGACAGUGAUGGAAAUCCAAUUGCACCGUCCAAAAAGAUCAUUGAUCCUCUUCCUCCCAUUGAUCAUUCAGAGAUUGACUAUCCACCAUUUGAAAAAAAUUUUUACAAUGAGCAUGAAGAGAUAACCAACCUCACUCCACAGCAGUUAAUAGAUCUUCGGCAUAAGCUCAAUCUUCGGGUCUCUGGUGCUGCACCGCCUAGACCAGGAAGUAGUUUUGCUCAUUUUGGGUUUGAUGAACAGCUUAUGCACCAGAUUCGGAAAUCUGAGUACACACAGCCCACCCCGAUACAGUGUCAGGGUGUGCCUGUGGCAUUAAGUGGCAGAGACAUGAUUGGUAUUGCCAAGACAGGCAGUGGGAAAACCGCAGCCUUUAUCUGGCCCAUGUUGAUUCAUAUAAUGGACCAGAAGGAAUUGGAACCAGGUGACGGACCAAUUGCAGUGAUUGUGUGUCCCACUCGGGAGCUUUGCCAACAGAUCCAUGCAGAAUGUAAGCGAUUUGGGAAAGCAUAUAAUCUUCGAUCAGUGGCCGUAUAUGGAGGAGGGAGCAUGUGGGAGCAGGCCAAGGCCCUUCAGGAAGGGGCAGAGAUUGUCGUAUGUACCCCAGGUCGACUGAUUGAUCAUGUGAAGAAAAAAGCUACCAAUCUUCAAAGAGUCUCUUACCUUGUAUUUGAUGAAGCAGAUCGAAUGUUUGACAUGGGAUUUGAGUACCAAGUUCGAUCCAUAGCAAGUCAUGUCCGUCCUGACAGACAGACUCUUUUAUUCAGUGCAACUUUCCGGAAAAAGAUUGAAAAAUUGGCCAGAGACAUCCUGAUUGACCCUAUUAGAGUGGUGCAGGGAGAUAUUGGAGAGGCAAAUGAAGAUGUGACACAGAUUGUGGAGAUUCUCCAUUCUGGGCCUAGUAAAUGGAACUGGCUUACCCGGCGCCUGGUGGAAUUUACCUCUUCAGGAAGUGUCCUCCUGUUUGUUACUAAAAAAGCCAAUGCGGAAGAACUCGCCAAUAACCUUAAACAGGAAGGUCAUAAUCUCGGGCUGCUCCAUGGGGACAUGGAUCAGAGUGAGAGAAACAAGGUCAUUUCAGACUUUAAGAAAAAAGACAUCCCAGUUUUGGUGGCCACAGAUGUUGCAGGCGGGUGAGAAGGGUGUGGCCUAUACCUUACUGACACCCAAGGACAGCAAUUUUGCUGGUGAUCUUGUCCGGAACUUGGAAGGAGCCAAUCAACAUGUUUCCAAGGAACUCCUAGAUCUGGCAAUGCAGAAUGCCUGGUUUCGGAAAUCACGCUUCAAAGGAGGGAAAGGCAAAAAGCUGAAUAUUGGUGGAGGAGGCCUAGGCUACAGGGAGCGACCUGGCCUAGGCUCCGAGAACACGGACCGAGGAAAUAACAACAAUGUAAUGAGCAAUUAUGAGGCCUACAAACCCUCCACAGGAGCCAUGGGAGAUCGGCUGACAGCAAUGAAAGCAGCUUUCCAGUCACAGUACAAGAGUCACUUUGUUGCCGCCAGCUUAAACAAUCAGAAGGCCGGGAGCUCUGCUGCGGGGGCAAGUGGAUGGACUAGUGCAGGAAGCUUGAAUUCUGUUCCAACCAAUUCAGCACAGCAGGGCCACAACAACCCUGACAGCCCCAUCACCAGUGCUGCCAAGGGCAUCCCAGGCUUUGGCAAUGCUGGGAACAUCAGCAGUGCUCCAGUGACCUACCCUUCUGCUGGAGCCCAAGGAGUCAACAACACAGCUUUAGGCAAUAAUAACCGGGAAGGGAUUGGGGGUGGCAAUGGGAAAAGAGAGAGAUACACUGAGAACCGGAGUGGCAGCCGUCACAGUCACGGAGAAAGUGGCAAUCGGCAUGGUGAUAGUCCACGCCAUGGAGAUAGCCCACGCCAUGGAGAUGGUGGUCGCCACGGAGAUGGGUACCGCUACCCAGAAAGCAGCAGCCGUCAUACUGAUGGCCAUCGGCAUGGGGAGAACAGACACGGAAGCACAGGCCGGCACGGGGAGAGCCGGGGUGCAAAUGAUGGCCGCAAUGGGGAGAGCAGGAAAGAAGGUUGUAAUCGUGAGAGCAAGAUGGACCCCAAGGUGGAACCCAAGGUGGAAAAGACAGACAAGACCACAGACAAGACAGCUGAUGGUUUCGCUGUCCCAGAGCCACCCAAACGCAAGAAGAGUCGAUGGGACAGUUAGAGGGUAUGUGCUAAAGUGUGAAGUCUGCUGUCUUUAAUUUUAUUUUCAGAAAGAUACAGGUAACUAGGUGUCUCAGGGCUGGGUUGGGAUCCAAGGUGUAAGGACCCCCUGGCGAGCUGGAGCCUGGAGGCAUUGCCCCUUGUCAGAGUGGUUUUUGGAUGUUUUCUUGAGAAGCUACUUGGGUUUUUUGGUUGUGGGUUAAAGAGCCUUACAAGGCACAGAACCCACUCUAGGUUUGUACCAUAUAGCUUUUUUUUACUAAAAUGCCACUGUGUAAACACCUAUACACCUAUAAAUUGAGUUCUUUUUCUUAGCUGUGGCCAUGCAGUCCCCUUUUUAGGAGUUGGCUUCUGCAAACCCAGCCCGUUGGGGGAGCAGUCUGGUUUGGCAGAUCCCAGUGUUUCGCAGGGAAGGGAGAGGUCUGAUUCCGAAUGAGAACAGAUGCUCGGGUUCCGCAGCCAAGUCUGUAUCUGGCCCUGAGAUGCGUAAGGAACAACAGCUUUCUAGACCUAGGCCCAAAGAUUCCUGUGACCUCCUUGAUGGAAGGAAAAAGACCAUCCUGGAAACCAGGGUUCCAGGACUGCUCCAGAUCUGUUGUGUUUUACGUUUAAAAAACAAAACGCCCCAACAGCAGCUUUUAAAGUGUCUAUUUUUUUUUUUUAACUUGCCCCAAUGGUAGGAAGUCUUUUGCUGAAAUGAUUUUGAUGAUUUUUUUUUUGUUCUAUCUUGUUUAUAAAAGGAAAAAUACACAAACUUCAAAUUUUGUGACUUUGUGAAGGUUUCUUUAAGAUGUGCAUUCCUUUCUGCUUGCUCUCUAGUAAAUGGUUUACUACUGGGA